AUGAAAGUCAUCUUCUUCAUCCUAUUUUUAUGUAUUUACAUCUUUACAGUGCUGGGAAAUCUAAUGAUUCUUGUUAUAAUUAACAUGGACCCUGUCCUCCACACCCCUAUGUACUUCUUCCUCAGGAACCUGUCAUUUCUGGAGAUCUGCAUUUCUGUCACUCUGCCCAGAGUGCUGGUCAGUCUUCUCUCAACUGAUACAUCCAUCACUUUUGCAGGUUGUGCUGCACAGAUGUAUUUCUUUCUGUUAUUUGGGGCGACUGAGUGCUGCCUCUUAGCUGCUAUGGCAUAUGGCUGCUACCAAGCCAUAUGCAACCCUCUGCAUUACACGGAUAUUAUGAAUAAGAAGGUAUGCAUGCAGCUGGCUGCUUCUUCAUGCAUAUGUGGCAACCUUGUGGCCUUUGGACACACUACAUUUAUCUUCUCUUUGCCCUUCUGUGCGUCCGAUGUGAUUAACCAUUUCUUCUGUGAGAUCCAGCCAGGGCUCAUGCUUCUUUGUGGGGACACUUACAGGAAUGAGCUACAGAUCAUUCUGGCUGCUGCCUUUGUCAUCCUGAUGCCUUUUCUGCUCAUUUUGGUGUCCUAUGGCCUCAUCAUUUCCUCUGUCCUAAAAACUGGAUCUGCCAAAAAAAGGUAUAAAGCAUUCUCCACUUGCUUCUCACAUCUCACUGUAGUGAUAUUAUUCUAUGAGAUGGCUGUGUUCAUCUAUAUACGUCCCAAAUCCAGCUAUUCCCUGGACGUGGACAAGGUGCUCUCUCUGUUCUAUUCUGCGGUGACCCCUAUAUUGAACCCUGUUAUCUAG